AUGCCAUACAAGCUGAAAUCCGACGCUCCGGGUCAUCUCACCGUUGGUCAUGGACUUACUCGAACCUCAACUCAAGUUACGAACGAUGGCCGGACGACCGUGCAGUUCCACCGAAGCCCCAGGGAGCUGGCGGCGUGGUUCAAGGGACUGCACGACAAUCCUCAAGGCUCGAGGAAGAUUUAUACCCCCCGUAAAGACAGUGCUGCAUCAUAUACCGAGAAGACCCCCGGCAGCGCCGGGCCCAGGCUGAAUAUCGCCAUUCACAUCGUCGGUUCCAGAGGAGAUGUUCAACCAUUCAUUCCGAUCGCCCAGCUAUUGAGCAAGCCUCCGUUCGGACAUAGGGUUCGAAUAUGCACACAUCCUGUGUUCAAAGAUUUCAUAGAAGGCAAGGGGCUGGAGUUCUUCAGCAUCGGGGGCGAUCCUGAAGCACUCAUGGCUUAUAUGGUGAAGAACCCGGGACUGCUACCGAGCCGGGAAAGUUUUAGGGCGGGGGAGAUUUCAAAGAGGAGGAAGGAAAUGGGCGAGAUUAUGCACGGUGCUUGGCGCAGUUGUAUAGAGGCGGGCGACGGUAUGGGUGAUAAGGUCACGGCUUCCGACGUGGCUGAUGCAAGCGACCUAUUCAUUGCGGACGCCAUUAUUGCGAAUCCCCCUUCGAUGGCGCAUAUUCAUUGCGCUGAAAAGCUGGGCAUACCUUUUCACAUGGUCUUUACGAUGCCGUGGUCGCCGACACACACGUUCCAUCAUCCCCUCGCUGCCAUGCAGUAUGGCCAGGCCGAGAUUGGCAUGGCCAAUUACCUAUCGUUUAUGAUGAUGGAGCUUCUAACUUGGCAAGGACUGGGCGACGUCAUCAACAAAUUCCGAACACGCACCCUGAAGCUGGAUCCCAUUAGUCCAUUAUGGGGCCACCACUUAUUAUCAAGACUCCGCGUACCGUUUACCUACCUCUGGUCCGAAUCACUAAUACCUAAACCGCCAGAUUGGGGGCCGCAUAUUCGUAUCACUGGUUUCUCUUUCCUGCACCAAGCCGCUUCAUAUACCCCUCCCCGUGACCUAGUCGAAUUUCUAAGUCAUAGUGAUCCUCCACCUGUGUAUAUUGGUUUUGGAUCUAUCGUCGUGGAUGAUCCGCAAGCCUUGACAGAUCUCAUCUUUAAAGCCCUAAAGCUAGCUAACAUGCGCGGAAUCGUGUCCAAAGGCUGGGGAGGCAUCGGCUCAGGAGAAGUGCCGGACCACGUCUACCUCAUCGGAGAUUGCCCCCACGACUGGCUUUUCCAGCACGUGUCGUGUGUUGUACACCAUGGUGGCGCAGGUACGACGGCUGCUGGACUCGCCGCAGGUUGCCCGACCGUCGUGGUUCCCUUCUUCGGCGACCAGCCUUUCUGGGGCCAGAUGAUUGCCCGUGCCGGCGCGGGCCCGGCUCCUAUCCCCUACAAAAAGAUCACGGCGGAGACCUUGGCGGAGAGCAUCACGUUCGCAUUACGACCCGAGGUGCAGGCCGCAGCGAGAGAGCUAGCAGCAGCGAUUUCCGAAGAAGACGGGGCUAGUGGCACGGCGAGAGAUAUCCAAGAGCGACUAGAUUCCGAGGGCUUGAGGUGCGAUAUCUGCCCUACUCGACUCGCGAUAUGGCGGCAUAAGAAGACAGACGCACAUCUAAGUAGUUUCGCCGCAUAUUUUCUAGUCAGUAAGGGAGUGAUCAAGCCUAGUCAACUUGCGCUACUUCGCCACAAGCCCUGGUACGUCGAUGAGGGUGCCGAAAGUGUCCUCAUAGGCCUCAUCGCCGCGUGUAGCGGCUUCUUCACCGAUAUUGGGCUCGCAACAUCGCACUAUGUGAGAACGCUGAAGUCUGAUCCAAAUUCAUCACGACGAAAGUCUUCCGUUAUCCUACUGAAGGGCAACUCACAUCGUGGGCGAAAGGCAUCGCUGGAGCCGUGCCCUCCUGCGGACUUAUCAGCUCCGCCCCCUGACGGAGGUUUCACGGUAAAACAAUUGGAAAAGCUUGCUCGGAAGAUGGCGCAGAAGCCGGUGAAAACUUCUAACGAAAUUCCCGGGAGAGCUACUUUCGGCGAGCAGAUCCAAAAGUUCGAAUCCGAGAGGAGAUGGGUGACUCGCGAGAGAAGCGAGCAAAGCCGCGCUUUACAUAUCGCUCGCGCCUCCAAACGGUAUGCCGUGGAGCUCGGGCAUGCUGGCUUGAAGGCGCCUGUGGCUGUCUUCUAUAAUGUCGCGAAUGGAUUCCGCAAUUUUCCGUCGUACGUAUGCGGCGAUGAUGACAUGCGGCGGCGCGAUGAGAUUCGAGGAUUGAAAAGCGGCUUUAAAGUGGCUGGGAAGGAAUUGGUACUCGGUUACUACGAGGCUUUCAGCGGGAUUCUGCUUAGGCCAUACAAAGGUGCGAAAAAGGAGGGUCCGAAGGGUUUUGGAAAGGGGUUCCUCAGGGGUACCUACGGGUUACUCGGGGGCAUCGCUGGAGGAUCAAUCGGCCUGGCGGGAUACACACUCAAGGGCAUCGAGAAAGAACUCUCCAAACAUCGACUAACCGAGCUCAAAGCAGAAAUCCUCUUAAUUAGAUUCAGGCAGGGCCUCGAGGACUGCUGGCAGGCAACGGAAGAAGAGAAGCGGGAAGUGGUAGAACGGUGGAAGAUGUUGCAUACAAACGAUUCCCACGCGGUAUAG